UGUGUGAGCCGCAGAGCCUCUGCCUGAACGAAAAUCUCACAAGUCUUCUCACUCGCCUUUCUAUCUCUCUCCCUCCCUCUUUCCCUCUCUGUCUGUCUCUCUUGCUCUCCUCUCCUUGCACUACUGCUAUUCCUCCACAGUGUCCUGGCUCAACACUACGAUGUCAGUGGUAGCCCCACAGCAGUAAGCACACUAAGCUUUCCUGCUGGCCCACGUACACAGACACCCGUAAGCGCGUGUCUGCCGACUCUUAAAUCAGCUAGGAACUGUCAUUCAGUGGUGGUGUGCCUUUCCAGCUGGACAGACGACGACUGAAAACAACAUGUUGUAAAGAUGUGGGUUAUGCUGCCCAUAAGUUCCUGUCUGAGUCCCAGUGAGAAAGAGAAGGGUUAAAGCCAGACCCAGGUGUGAAGCACUCAGCUCUGCAGAGCUCCAGCACAGCCUUUAGCCCACAGGUGCACCCCAGACCAGGAGCCAUGAGCGACCCCCAGAACCCUGGCCAGGUCACGGACACGGUGACCUCCAUCAGCUACACACCGGAGCCAACAGCCUCAUCAUUGCGUGGUGGAGGUAGGCAGCAGCAACAGCAGCAGCAGCAGCAGCAGCAGCAGGAGGAGGAUGAUGGGGACCUGAAUAAGGCCCUGGGUGUACAGCGCUUCCAGCAGAUCCUCAGCCCCACGCCAAGCGUGCCCGACGAGCAGCAUCGCACCUGCCAUGAAGAGGACAUCGAGUAUCAUCGCAGCUCUUCCCACCACAUCCACCGGCCUCUGUCCAAGCUUCCUGGAGACAGCAAGAGGAAGAAGACCAACAAGAAGAGGAGGAAGGGCCGCGAUCACCGUGGUAGCCCCGGGCCUGGCGGAGCACCCCCUGUAGAGGAGGGAGAGGAUGAGGAGGAUGAGGAAGAGGAGGAGGCGGCAGAGGUCAAAAGCAGUGCCACACUACACGGUGAAGAAACAGACGCCAGCCAAGAUGUGCAGUUCUUUGUGUCCCGUGAGGAUCCUGAGCACGUGGCCUCCAUUGAGGGGUCCGAGAGCCCUCACCCGGCUAGAGAUGUCUCCGUGGUCCCCUUUUCAGCUGGGGGCAUGGGCCCCGAAGAUGCCACACCAACUGAGUCACCUGCUGGAGCCCCCACUGCCGUCCCUCUGGCGAGAGUGUCGAGCCGAAGUUACGACCUGCAGGAGCGACGACGCACUGGCAACAUGACGGGCGCUGAGCAGGCCAAGUACGAGCGCAUCCCCACCGACGAGAGCGAGGCACAGACACUGGCCUCCGCUGACCUGGACGGAAUAAAAAGUCACCGAUUUGAAGAUGUACCUGGCAUGCGGAGACACCUGGUGCGGAAGAGUGCAAAGGGCCAGGUGGUGCACAUCAGCAAGGAUCACAAAGAGGCCAGCACCCGCACACGGAAACUGGACCGCACCCCACAUGAGGUGUUUGUGGAGCUGAAUGAACUGAUCAUGGACAAGAACCAGGAGAUGCAGUGGAGGGAGACUGCUCGCUGGAUCAAGUUUGAGGAGGACGUGGAGGAGGAGACGGACCGCUGGGGCAAACCCCAUGUGGCUUCCCUGUCCUUUCGCAGUCUCCUGGAGCUCCGCAAAACUAUCUCUCACGGUGCCGUGCUCCUUGAUCUGGACCAGAAGACCCUCCCUGGCAUCGCUCACCAGGUGGUGGAGCAGAUGAUCAUCUCGGAUCAGAUCAAGGCAGAGGACCGCGCCAACGUUCUCAGGGCCCUCCUGCUCAAGCACAGCCACCCGAGCGACGAGAAGGAGCACGCCUCCUUCCCCCGCAACAUCUCGGCGGCCAGCCUGGGCUCGCUCAUCAGCACCCACCACCACCACCACGGCAGCAGCAGCAACCACCUCUCCCAGGCAGAGCCCUCCGCCACCGAGCCCCUGAUGACCGGUGCCGGCCUCGAGGGGGAGCUGCGCAUCGACAUGGACAAGCACGAGGUGCACGCCCAGAGGGACUCCAUCCCAGUUAUUGGAAUGCAUAGGUCCAAGUCAAAGCAUGAACUGAAACUCUUGGAGAAAAUUCCUGAAAAUGCUGAGGCUACAGUUGUACUAGUUGGUGCGGUGGACUUCCUGGAGCAGCCCACCAUGGCGUUUGUGCGUCUGCAGGAGGCGCAGGAGCUGGACUCGGUGCUGGAGGUGCCGGUGCCGGUCCGCUUCCUCUUCGUCCUGCUCGGGCCGCCCAGCACCAGCAUGGAUUACCAUCAGAUCGGUCGCUCCAUUUCAACACUCAUGUCUGACAAGCAUUUUCACGAGGCGGCCUACCUGGCGGACGACAGACACGACCUCCUGAACGCCAUCAACAGCUUCCUGGACUGCAGCAUCGUGCUGCCGCCCUCGGAGGUGGGGGGCGAAGAGCUGCUGCGCUCAGUGGCGCGCUUCCAGCGGGAGAUGCUGCGCAAGCGCGAGGAACAGGAGGAGAAACUACUGGCAAAAGAGCUCAAGAGCCCGGAGGAGAAAGAAUCCCUCCUGGCUGCUGGCAAGCCCAGCGACGACCCUCUCCAACGCUCGGGCAGGCCGUUCGGGGGCCUAAUCCGUGACGCCCGCCGCCGCUACCCCAAGUAUAUCAGUGACUUCAAGGAUGCGUUGAACGCACAGUGCAUGGCCGCCGUCAUCUUCAUCUACUUUGCGGCACUCUCGCCCGCCAUCACCUUCGGCGGGCUGCUGGGGGAGAAGACGGAGGGCCUGAUCGGCGUGUCGGAGCUCAUCGUGUCCACGGCCAUCCAGGGCGUGCUCUUCUGCCUGCUGGGAGCCCAGCCACUGCUGGUGGUGGGCUUCUCCGGGCCCCUUCUGGUGUUUGAGGAGGCCUUCUUCUCGUUUUGUAAGGCGAACAAUGUGGAGUACCUCACAGGCCGCGUUUGGAUCGGCUUCUGGCUCAUCAUCAUAGUCGUGCUUAUGGUGGCCUUUGAGGGGAGCUUCCUGGUCCGCUUUGUGUCGCGAUUCACUCAGGAGAUUUUCUCCAUCCUCAUCUCCCUCAUCUUCAUCUAUGAGACAUUCUCCAAACUGGGAAAGAUAUUCCUGCACCAUCCACUGAAGCGAUGCAGUAUCAUCAAUAGCACCGAUGGCAACAGCACAUCAGAGAAUAUCACUAUGAGUGUGCUGCCAGACAACAGCACCACCACCCUCACCCCCAGUAACCGCGGAGAGCCCAACACAGCUCUGCUCUCCCUGGUGCUCAUGUCGGGAACAUUCUUCAUCGCCUUCUACCUGCGCAAGUUUAAGAACAGCGCAUUUUUUCCUGGCAGGCUUCGCAGGGUGAUUGGAGAUUUUGGUGUCCCAAUUGCCAUCCUCAUCAUGGUGCUGGUGGACUACAGCAUUCAGGACACUUUUACACAGAAACUGAGUGUGCCCAAUGGGUUAUCUGUGACCAGCCCAUCCAAGCGUGGCUGGUUUGUGAAUCCUCUUGGCAUGAAUGACCCUUUCCCCAUCUGGAUGAUGGCCGCCAGCAUCCUUCCUGCUCUGCUAGUCUUCAUCCUCAUUUUCAUGGAGACACAGAUCACCACCCUGAUAGUCAGUAAAAAGGAGCGGAUGCUGGUGAAGGGCUCCGGCUUUCACUUGGACCUGCUGGUGAUUGUGGCUCUAGGGGGUACUUGUGCCCUGUUCGGCCUGCCGUGGAUGGCCGCCGCCACUGUCCGCUCCGUCACCCACGUCAACGCACUCACCGUCAUGAGCAAGGCAGUGGCCCCUGGAGACAAGCCACGCAUCCAGGAGGUGAAAGAGCAGAGGGUGACUGGGCUUCUGGUGGCCAUUCUAGUGGGUCUGUCAAUUGUGAUUGGGGACCUCCUGCGUAAGAUCCCCAUUGCUGUUCUGUUUGGGAUCUUCCUCUACAUGGGCGUGAUGUCUCUCAAUGGCAUCCAGCUGACUGAACGCAUCCAGCUGCUACUCAUGCCUCCUAAGUACCAUCCUGACCACAUGUAUGUGCGCAAGGUGAGAACGCUACGCAUGCACCUGUUCACAGCAGUGCAGGUGGUGUGUCUGGCUGUGCUGUGGGCAGUCAUGUCCACUGCUGCGUCGCUGGCCUUCCCUUUUGUCCUCAUCCUCACCGUCCCCGUCAAGAUGUUCCUCCUUCCACGAAUCUUCACUGCCAGAGAGAUGCAGUGUCUGGAUGCUGAUGAUGCUGAGCCCACUUUUGAUGAGCGGGAGGGCCAGGACGAGUACACAGAGAUGCACAUGCCUGUGUGAGCCACGCCCAACGCCAGCUCCCCACAUCAAAUGUGUCCAACCGCCACUCCGUUCCAAUGGCCAAUGUGAAGUGCCUUAGGGAGCUUUUUCUGUAGCCAAUCUGAACUGACGCACAGAACACAUAUACACACACAUAUAUAUGCACACGCACCACCCACCUUCACCCUCUCUCGUUCAUGGGUAAUCACCUUUGUAUCUCUCCUUGAACAUUUCCAGACACCAGAAGGCAGACACACAUGAAGUAGACUCUCCCUUACCAAAGCCUGUUCUGCUUCUGGUCUUUUAGAAAGCAUCCGUCCAUUUUCUCCACUUUCCAAAUGAAGGAUGCCUUUAUGGUGAUGACUUUCACAUGGGAGGUUGUCUAUGGCAACAGUGUCUUCCACUGGGCUCAGAGAAUAUUCUUCCUAUUAGAAGAAAAACUAGUGUUCCCUAUGGUGGAAAUUUUAUAUAAUCGUAACUGGACAUUCCCCCCCCUCGUCCUGCGACGUAACGUGACUCAGAGGUCAAUGAUUUCAGAUGUUUUGUAAUAUUUAUUUUUGUAUACGUCACUACACAUUUCAGAAAAUUUGAAGCUGCUGCAUUGGAACAUCUGUGCUUCACUAGUGUUCCAUUUAGCCACAUACACAUAGGAACGAAAGUAGGUGUUCUUUCCCCCGCUCGCUUCUGUUGUCUGAUAUUGUUAUUGUACCAGGGACAAUGCUGUACUGUAGGUAUAUGUAGCUUGAUCACAUGGGUAUUACUAUGUUUGUAUGAUCCCUGACUAUCACUGUGCUGAAUAUUUCAGUGUUGCCAAUCUAUGCCUGCAGCAUAACUGCAGUAAUGUCACUGCAGUAAUGGGUUUUCAGGCUCACUCAGUUCAUGCAACGCUACAUUGUGUUCCAGUGAACAUGAACAGUGAACAACUGGCUUUGUGGACCGGUAAGUGGUCACAUCCACCUCUCUCUAUCUGAAUCGGCCAUCACUUCUCAGUAUCUCAGUAGCUUUAGUGGAUGCCAGCUAAUUGGUUUACCUGUGUGGCAGUUACUGAGCCCCUAAAUAACUCUAACUGUCAGAGAGAUUUAAUAACUGCACUUACAGUGUAGUAGCAACCACAAGCUUAAUGCUGCCUAACCCUGUUUCUCCUGUCCUGCUUUAUGAGCAGGACUCUAUGAGCAUCCAGUUGAGACCAGUUUGACACACACUCACUGGUGUAUUGGUGUAUUUCAGUUUGGGUAUAAAAUCAUUCAUAUUAUGUUUGGGAGCAUUGCUGGUGUCUCACACUUUUAGAAAUGGUGGAACUAGACGUCAUCUUGACAAGACUUCUUGCAGCUUGUUGUAAUUCUCUUAAAUCAUCGUGUAUUAUCCCGUAACACAUUUAAGUGCCAAUUCAACCAGGUCUGUGGGAAUUUUUGUUUUCAGAUGAUGUGCUGGGCUUCUUAGUCAUAGGAAUGAUGUCACAAAAUUAAAUUGUAAUGGUGGUAUGGGUUUCCUCAGCAUCCCCUUGAUUUAGGGUGACAUGGCCCAUAGAUGGGAGGGGAGGGUGGGGUGGUUGCUGUUGGCUGUUACGGGCUACAUAUUGAAGUAAGUUUAACUCAUUUUCUUGCUUUCUUGUCAGUCUGUUGUGUCCUCUUUUUAGUUUUCCCAUGUAUUUUAGACAAACCUCUGUAUAUAUAUUUGAAUGUUUUCAGAACAAGUUAUAUCAAGGCUUACUUUCUCUGAAUUCUUCCAAGUGCUUCAGCUGGUCAGAAAGUGCUCUUAACAUUCCACAUAUAACUUAGUUUUGCUUACUUGAUGAUUUUAAAGUAAUAUAAUAAACAUAACUGACUGCACAAUCAUAGGAAGAAACACUGCUCUUAACUAAUCACAGUACAUUAAAAUAUCAUGUAUCCUUUUCUUAUCUGAGGAUCAGUUGGACUCUUUGUGAGGUUAUAUUUUUUGAGUAAAUUAUUAAUGAAGAGGUAUAAAUAUAAUUUUAUAAACUACAGAUUUUUAUCUUCAGACAUACAACUGGAUUCCUUUGUAGGCCAAGUUCUUUUUAUGGUUUGCCUUCCCCUGCUCUGGCAGUGUCUGCACUCCUCCACAAAGCCUUUAUUGCUGUUGUUUGUAUUACCAGCUUUGACUGUAUUGUCCUUACUGAAAGUGUUUUGAGAGUGCCAUGUAACUGUUCUUUGCAUUGUCUGAACUCUUUCAUUCACUUGUUUUGUGAACUGCUAGUAUCAUGUAUGGGAAAGAUGUGUUGGUGAUGUGAUCAUGUUUUUUUUUUUGCACAGUCUGCACAAGUUUGUGUCUACAUGUGCAUUAUCUCAAGAAAGUCAAAAUAAGGCAUAUUGAUGUCAGACACAUUCGUUCUAAACCUACAACAGAAAUCUCGAACCUCUUACAGAAGUCCUGUGUGGAACUGUAUGCAUAUUGUAUCUGUUUCAAUCAAACAUUUAUCUUUUUUUGGCUUACCUUAUCUGUGCACAUGUGUGUAGGUCAUGGAUAUAAAAUAAAGUAAUUUUGUAUUAAUGCCCUG